UAUGCUCCUGACAAGGAGCUGCUGUCAAAUCAUAAAAUAACACGAGCACUGUUAAUAAGACUGACAUGGAGAGGAGUGAAGAGCAGCCGGUGGCUCGGGAGAGGAGCGGACACACGGCGGCGGCGGACGGGCAGUAUCUUCGGUGGCUGAUCAUGAAGUUUUCCUUCCAAAUGAUGAGAUCUGGCUGUACGACUUAGAGAGUGGGUUAUGGGAAAGGCGGGAUAUGUUUGGGGAGAUUCCUCCGGCGAUGUCUGGCUCCUGCGGCUGUAUCGUGAACGAGGAGCUGAUUAUAUUCGGCGGCUGCUGUGAUGAUGGACAGACGAAUGAACAUUUCUCCGUCAGUCUGCAGGAGGAGAAGCUCAGCUGGAGGAAAGCCAGGCUUCGGUCCGGAUCACUGCCUUCGCCGCGAGAUAAACUCUCCUGCUGGGUUCAUAAUGGAAGAAUCAUCUAUUUUGGUGGAUAUGGUCACAAAUUGCUGAGUGAAUUCAACGAUCCAAACCGUUUCAUCGUGGAUGAAGCAUCAUGGGCCGAGGACAUCUUCUGGGGAUGGAACAACGAAGUUCAUGAGUUUGACCCCAAAAGAAGCAGCUGGACUGAACCGCAGACCUUCGGACGAGCUCCGGCCCCGCGAGCUGCUCACGCUAGCGCUACGAUCGGCAGCAAAGGCUACGUGUGUGGAGGAAGAAUAAAGUGUUUGCUCUCUGCACAGGAAACCAGAACCAAUGACCUCUUUUGUCUGGAUUUAAAUUCAUGGACGUGGACAGAAAUUGUUGGGUUUGGCUCGGCCCCGGUGGGACGCUCAUGGCACACACUAACAGCCGUCUCAGACUCGUCUCUUUUUCUGUUCGGUGGACUCAGCGUGGACUGCAGACCCAUGAGUGACGGUUGGAUAUUCAAUCUGGAGACAAAAGGAUGGACAAAGAUAGAGCAUCAAAACAAGGACAAACCACGGUCAGCGAAAACACGCAGAAAUGGAGAUAAACAGAAUAAGAUACCCAGACUGUGGCACACCGCUUGUCAAGGAAGAGACUCUGAUGUUAUUGUGUUUGGAGGAAGUCACGAUUAUAUCCUUUUAGUGGACAAAGGUCACUGCAACGAUGCGCUGGUGUUCCAGACCCAGCCGCUGCCGCUGACUCGACUGUGCCAAGACUUCAUCGCCAGCCGCGCCAGCAGCUUUCAGAUCCUCGGUUUACCUCCGAAGCUGAGAAACGCUGUGCAGAAAAGAACAUCUUUCUUCAGGACGAGCAGAAACUCACAGAACAUGUAAAACUGUGAUUUUUAUUUGUUUACAAGCUCUGUUUAAUGAUAUUAAUAGAUUUCUGUUUUAACAUUUGAAACAAUAUUUAAUUUUACUCUUGUGUGUUGAAACAGUUGUAUUGAACCUAAUGCAAACAAAGCUGUUUCCUUCUGGGAACAAUAUAAAUAUGAAUUCAAUAUUAAAUGACUCUUCUGUUUA